AUGAUUAAACAUAGUAUAAAAGGUCUUUACUGUUUUAUUGAUGAAGUAAGAAAUUGUAAAAGUAAAGAAGAUGAAGAAAAAAAAGUAUUGCAAGAAAUAGUUAAAAUAAAAAAAAAAUUUAAUGAAAAAAAUAUAACUAAUUAUAAAAGAAAGAAAUAUAUAUGGAAGUUGAUAUAUUGCCAUAUAUUAGGAUAUGGUAUUUCAUUAUCAUAUUUAGAUAUAAUAAAAUUAAUAAGUAGUAACAAUUUUAGUGAUAAAUAUUGUGGGUAUACAGCUUUAUCAUUGUUAAUUGAUGAAAAUAAUGAAAUGCUUAAUAUGAUGGUAAGCACAAUAAAAUCAGAUAUUAAAAAUAGUGAUGAAAAGAUAAAUUUUUUAGCUUUACAUUUUAUUUGUCAUAAAAUUAAUGGUCUUAUCGUAGAAAACUUAUAUGAAGAUAUAUUACAAAUAGUAACUUCUAAUUACAUUUAUAAACCGCAUAUAAGAAAAAAAGCUUUUUUAUGUUUAGCAAAUAUCUAUAAAAAGAGACAUGACUUGUUAUUAAGAAGAAAAAAUGAUUUAGAGAUUUUUAAAUUUCUAGAUCAAAAUUUAAAUGAAGUAAAUUUUUAUAAUGUGUAUGCUUAUUUAAAUCUAAUUUAUGUUAUAAUAUUAGUCUUUCAAAAAUAUGAGUCAUUAUAUUAUUAUAAAAAGAAAGAGGAAGAAAAAAAAAGAAACUGUAGUGAUGGUAAUGAUGAUUUUUUUAAAAGAGAAGAAUUCAAAAUAGAGAGUAAGUCAAGCAGUCUAAAUAAACGAAUUUCUUUAAAUAUAAAAGAUGAAUUAAAAAAAAAAAAUAAAUCAACUUCUUAUUCAAUUGAACAAAAUUUUUUUUAUAACGAUCUAAAAAAAGUAGAUAAAAUUUUAGAGAUAGAAUCAGAAUGCACAUUUAAUAUUGACGAUAUAGAUUUUUAUGAAAUAAAAAAAUAUAUAAAUAAAUACAUUCAUUUUAUAUUAAGUGUCAUACAUUUAAUACUAGAUGAAAAUUUAAAAAUAGAUGAAGGUUUUUAUUACAAUCAAGUUAGAUAUCCUUUUUUAUUAAUAAAGUGUUUGCAAAUGCUACAAUUAUACGAUGCUCAAAACUUAUCACAAGUUACAAUUAAUAACAUAAAUGAUAUAUUAUAUAAGAUUAUAUCAAAACCAUAUAAAAAAUUACAAGGAAAAAUAAAUAGUGAAAAUGAUGACAUUAAUAGUAGUAGUAAAAAUAUAUUUAAGAAAGGAUUUUCAAAAAACACUUCUUAUAUAAAUAAUAAAAAAAGUAAAGAAGUUUUAAGAAAUGAAAAAAGUGCCAUAUAUAUUGAAUAUGGAAUAAUAUAUGAAUGUUCUAACUUAUUUAAUUUUUUAGAUGAUAAAAUAGAGGAUAGAAAUAAGGAUAUAAUCAUAUGUUUAAUAACCUCUUUUGAUACGAAAAAAUCAAAUAUCAAUUAUGUAAUAUUAAAUAGUUUAUCAAAAUUAAAAAUGAAUUUAAAAAUAUAUACUAUGUUAGAAACUCAUAUAAUGCAUUUAAUUAAUUUGUUAAAUAGUGAUGAUAUUACAAUUAAAUUACAAACCUUUAAUAUCCUAUUUAAUAUGUGUAAUCAUAAUAACUGGAAAUUAUUAAUUAAUGUAUUUUUACACCAUUUGCCAUAUAUUGAUCCUUAUAUACAAAAUGAAAUAAUAAUAAAAAUCUCUAUAUUGGCAGAAAAAUUCUCACCUGACUUAUCAUGGUAUAUUGAUGUUAUAUUUAAAAUAAUUGAAAUUACACAUAAAUCAAUAUUUCAAGAAGUAUGGUUCAGAUUAGUUCAAAUUAUAACUGGUUUUGUAGAAAAUGAGAAGAAUAAUAAGCUUUCUAAGAAAGAUAUCAAUCUAGAUAAAAAUAAAGAACAAAAAAUUCAAACCUAUGCAGCUAUGAAAUGUUAUAAAUAUUUAUCUGAUAAUGUUACGAAAAUAGAAUUGCUUAUUGACUUAUGUUCGUAUAUUAUCGGCUCUUUUGGUUAUUUAAUUAAAGAUAAAGUUCCAAUUAAAGAUCAACUGAAAACUCUAGAAAAAUAUUUUGAUUUUGCAACUCCAAACACAAAAUGCGUUAUUUUAAUGGCUAUCAUGAAAUUGGUUUUUUACGAUAAUAGACUUAUGACAAAUGUAAAAAAAAUUCUGAAUAAUUGUAUUAAUCAUUCAGAUUUGGAGUUACAAACUAGAGCUUGCGAAUUUUUAAAUUUAUGUAAUUUAAAUAAUUUAAAUAUGUUAAAUUAUAUAUUGAAAAAUAUGCCAUUAUAUAAUAUAAAAAAAAUUCAUGAAAACUUUCUUAUUAAACGAUUAUUGGAAACCAAUAAACAUGCAGUUAUUGAUUUUAAUGAAAAAGAAAAUUUUCUUAAAAUUGAAAAAUACAAUAGAAAUCAAUCUGGAAAAUAUGAUAAAAUGUAUAGUAAUAGUUACAACGAUAAUGCUAGUGAUUAUUCAAAUAGUAAGUUAACAUCUAAUUCAUCAGAGGCAAAUUAUGAUAAAAAAAAAACACGGAAUUCUUCUAAUACAUCUUCAGGAAAUUCUAAAAAAACAUCAAGUGCAUCAAGUUUAUCUAGUGCAUCUAGUGAUAAAUCAGAAAAUACUAAUAAAAAUGUAGAUGAUAAUGAAAAAUUAUUUAAGAUUUUAUGUUUACAAAAAGCAAACAAUAUUAAUGAUCUAUGGUUUAAUGCGUGCUUAUUAGAAAAGGCGUUACUUUUUAAAAAUAAUACCAUAUCUAUUUUAGUGAAACAAAAAUAUCAAGAAAAUAAGGGAAUAAUUAUUUUUUAUAUAAAAAACAUUUCUAAAGAAGUUAUCAACUUGAGUAGUAUUAAUAUAGAAGAAUGUGACCAAAUAAAUAUAAAAGAGCAAAAAAAUAUAAAUAAUGAACAAAUAGAUAGCAAUGAUAUAUAUAUUCAUAAAAUUAUUAUUACGGUAUCUGAUGUUUUUUACAAUAUUCCCAAUAUUUAUUUUAAUAUUAUUAUACCAAAUUCACCUACCGUAAGUUAUACUUGUAAGCUUCCUAUUUUAAUUACGAGAUUUAUUAAAGAAAAUAAAAUGAAUGAAGCUACUUUUAAAAAUUAUUGGAAAGCGCUUACACAAGUUCAUAACGAAGAUAUUAUAAUGGGUGUACCAAAAUUCUCAAAAAAAUAUUUUUUAAAUUAUUUAAUUAAUGCUUUUAAUUUCUAUAUUUUAAAGAUUGGAAUGCUUAUAUGUGCAUCAGGAUAUAUACAUUUUCCUAAUCUUGAGAAUGGAAACAAAAUUUUAAUUUUAGUAAAGAUUCGAUAUGAAAUAAAAGGGUGUCAAAUAUCAGUUGUAACGAAUAUAAAGCAUUUAAAUAAUUACCUUAACAAGAUAUUUGAAAUAUAUCUUAUAAAACAUAAAUAA